UAUACUAUUAGUUCUGCAAGCAAAUUCUCUGUUAAGGUUAAGAAGAUCAUGACUAAUACUAUCGAGCUUUGGAAAAAUAUUUUAUGCUGCGGUUUAAAGAGAUCUUCGUCACGGGCGGAUCGUGUUGCUCAAGGUCAUGUAAGGGUUUAUGUCGGUAAACAAGAAUUCCCAUGCAGAUUUGAGGUUGAAGCUAAUUACUUGAACCACCCUCUCUUUGAGAAUUUACUUGAGUUGUCAAGUGAAGAAUUCGGAUAUUCAUAUGAUGGUGCAUUGAGGAUUGCAUGUGAAAUUGAUCUUUUCAAAUAUCUUCUUGAUCUUCUUAAAUCAAGAAACCCUGCUGCGCAUUAUAUGGACUUGCAAGAUCUUAUGUCUAAGUUCAAUGAUCGCUGAAUUACAAUAGCGCGCAGCAAAUCAACGAGAAGAACACUGCGGGUGCUCAAUGAA